CUUGGAGCAAGUGUUCCAGCCGCCUAUAUAUACGUGGAGUCCUGCUUCAAACGUGGUUAAGCAUGACUGUUCUUAGUUGUUUUUUGUGCCUCUCAUCGACCUUGGUCUCCGAACUGGUGCGUAGUAGGUGUCCAUCAUGAAGCAAGUCGCUAUUCUAUGGGAGGUUUUCUGCUUACCAAGCUACGGUGUUGGUUCUUUCUUAUUGUUCCAGUGGCCUACAUCGGCUCGCCAGUCCUGCUUUGAACACGGCUACAUGUGGUUAGCAUCCGUACUCCCCAAGGAAACGGUGAUCUACAAGGACACGCAGGUUCGUGUUGCUUUCAGAGCGUUCUUAGUUGUUUUUUUAUGCCUGUCAUUGACCUUUGGGUUGGUCUACAGGUGCUUUGCUUGGUAUCAUCAUCAAGCAAGUGUCUAUUCUAGCGGGAAGUUCUCUGCUUACCAAGCUACGGUGUUGGCUGAAGACAGUAGCCAGGACCAAGCGCCGGAGUGGUGAUCGAGAGGCCUACUGGGAGAAAGUAUUCUCUGUUAGCAGUGUCCUUCCAAAAGAGGGCAAGUGCUACAGCCAAGUGGUGGUGCCGUUUCUAUCAGAAUCAGGCAAUAUUUGCCUUCAUUGUCCCGAAGGAACUCAGAAGUAGUCAUAUAUAAGGGUGCUCAUCAUGAAAUGCACCGGGGCUGUUCGGUCGUCGGGAACACUUGGGGUUUGAAUG